AUGGCCACACCGCUCUCAACCGCCGACGUCCCGCCGCAAUUGCUCAAGGACGCUCUCCUCCUAGGACACAUCCCAUGGCGAGCCCUCCCCUCUGACCCCCGCGUCAGCUACAGUCUCUACAUCCCCCCUCGGCACUAUAACCCUUCCCUCGCCGCCGCGUCACCACCCGCAGAGAAACUCCCCUUGCUAGUAUACAUCCACGGCACGCGGCGGAACAUCUCGGCCAUCGACAGCAACGAUGACCUCGUCCCCUUUGCCGAGGAGACGCCCUGCGCCGUCCUGGCCCCUCUGUUCCCUGUCGGUCUGGACGGCGUCCACGAUCUGGACAGCUACAAGGUCCUCGCGUCGCGGACUUUGCGCGCGGAUCUUGCCUUGCUGGCCAUGCUCGACGAGGUGGCGCGCCGGUGGUUCGGCGUGGACGCCCAACGGGUCUACCUCAUGGAGUUUUCGGGCGGGGGUCAGUUCGCUCACCGGUUCCUCUACCUCUACCCUGAGCGCAUCAGGGCCGUGAGUGUGGGCGCGCCGGGGCGGGUGACGAUGCUUGACCGGACGAGACGGUGGCCUGGGGGCAUUGGGAGGGUGGAGGGUUUAUUCGGUAGGGGUGUUAGCGUGGAAGGUAUUCGCCAGGUGCGCAUCCAGCUCGUGGUCGGGCGCGAGGAUAAUGUCCUGCAUGGUGGAGAGGGGUUUCGGGAGUGGGUGAAGGAGUUCAAGGCGAAGGCCAAGAAGGCAAAGGAGCGGGCCAAGGCCAUGACCGGUGAGAACGGUGCCAUGGCCGAGCACGGGAUUGAGCAUGGAGACGCAGCAGAGCAGAGUGCUGGUCUCGAAGACAUGCGACAGGGCCGAUUGGACACCGUCACUGAGUUACACGCUCUAUGGAGGGACCAGGGCAUCCACGCACAGCUGGAUAUCAUCCAAGGGAUGGCUCAUGAACAGAAGCCCGCCAGGGGCGUGAUGCUUGAAUUUCUGCGCGGAGCUAUGUUAUCUGUCUGUGCAAAUGGGGGGGCGGCCGUACGCUAG